AUGCUGUACGCAGUCGACGAAAAGGUGCUGUGUUUUCAUGGUCCCUUGAUAUACCAAGCCAAGGUGUGUUGCUGGGGAAGCAUCUCGCUUUGAUGGAUUCUUUUGCGUGCGCCGCGUUCUCGCGCCCCCCUUUGCUGAACAAUGUUCAACACUUGCGCCCGUCGUCCAGGUGCUCAAGGCGGAGAAGUGGACAGGAGAUGAGAAUACGCAGGGAGCGACGGGUCCACACUUUUUCGUGCACUACGAUGGCUGGAAAAAGUCGUGAGUGUAGGAAAGCGCGCUGCAGGCUCUCUCUCUCUCUCUCGAGGAGGCCAUGGCCAUGCUCCUCGCCUCGCGCUCAAAGACCUGCUCUUCACCCCCGUAGGUGGGACGAGUGGGUGCCGGAAUCUCGUCUGCUGAAGCUCAACGAGGAGAACAAGGGGAAGCAAAAAGCUUUGAUCGAAGCUCGCAAAUCCAAAGCUGCUGCUGCUGCUGCUGCCGCUGCCGCUGCCGCUGCCGCUGCCAAUGAUGCUGGACCUAGUAGCAGAGCGGCAGCAGGCGGUAGAAGGAGCGGCGGCGCUGAUGGAGAUGGCGAGGGUGCAGCUCGAUCAAAGAAAGAGUCCAGAGGUACAAAGAGGGGCAGGGACACUGUGGAGAAUGUGAGUGGAGAUCGUCAGCGUCAGCGUCAGCGCGAGCUUGAGCUAUGAUGGAACUUGGCCAGGCUGGCUGAUCACGCACUCUCGCGCACGCAUUCGCAGGAGGACGAGUAUGUCAAGCGACCAGAGAUUAAGCUCGUCAUUCCGGACGCUCUGAAGCUGCAGCUGGUCGAUGAUUGGGAGAACAUCACAAAGAAGGGUCAGGUGCGUCCACCGUCAGGCGAGCUUCUUACGUAGAAAAGGGCGCGCGCGCGCGCUGAUCGCACACGUUCUGCCCCUCAGCUUGUACCCCUACCUCGCAAGCCCACAGUGGGCGAUUUGCUCGACGAGUACAAGGAGUACUACAUGCAGGGGCGAAAAGAAAAGGCCGGGUGAGCAAGGCGCAAGUCAGGAUCGCGCAUCCCCCUUGUGCUGUGAGGCUGUGAAGCCUGACGUCAGUUCCACCCUUUCCUCGUGACGCAGACGUCUGCCGGCAGUGGUGGAUGAGGUCCUGUCGGGUCUCAAGCUCUACUUUGACAAGUCUUUGGGCAACAAUCUGCUGUAUCGCUUUGAGCGGGCGCAAUACGUGGAGCUCAGGAAAAGACACGCUUCUACGGCGGUCAAUGGCAAGGCUGCUGCUGCUGCUGCCGCUAGUGCCGCCAAUGAGUCUCCUGUAGAGCUGGAGCCCAGCGAGUGCUACGGCGCCGAGCAUUUACUGAGAUUGUUCGGUGAGUGGUUUGGCGCUGGCGUUGUGUUUGUAUUCUGAUUUGAGCACCUUGCUCUCUCGCUUGUUCGGCAGUGAACCUGCCGGGUAUCAUCGCGCACACAACGAUGGAUGCGGAUUCUGUCAGCCUGCUGCGCGAGCACUUGUCCGAAUUCUUGGGGUGAGUGUUGGCGCGCGCAACCAAGACGCUCGUGCCGAGCUCUCGCACUGAUCCAGAUGCGCAUCACGUUGGAGACAGCUUCAUGGCAAAGAAUCAAAAGCGAAUCUUUGUUCAAGAGUACGAUCACGCUUCUCCUGCUUAUGCCAGGAGCACGCACAUCUAG